UUAGUUUAGUCCGUCGCGGAGCUCGGAUCGCGGAAAAGCGCACAACACGGGUCUCUCGGUGUACCCGUGAUGUUACCUUUCCUGGAGCCUUUACACCAACCAUCCUUUCGCAGUCAUCUAUCUCACCUAUAACUGAUAACCGGAAGUUGUUUUUCGACACCUGCAGAGCAAGGGGAGCGAGCUAGAGGGCGCUUGCUUUCGGUGGUCAUUUCUGGUGCUAGUCCUACCGGUUUGACCACCCCUUGUUCCCGGUUUCUACUUCUGCCCUAAAUACUCUGUCUUCAUCAAAUUUCACGUUCCGGUUUUCCGCCCCCUUUUAGUCGGUGCCUGUGAAAGUGAGUCGCGAUUUGACACCGCGCAUUUGGUCGUCAGCUACCUAUUUCUUUACAUAAUCGGUUCCUGGCUGAAGACAAUCUGGCACGUCGAGUUAGUCCGGGAACCAUUUUAUACGGUUGAUUUCGGUUCAGUGUUCCAUUAGGAAGGAGUUGCCAGGAAAAGUGUAUUUGACGCCUGGCGUCCCCGUCUCAGUCGUUUGAUUGAGAAAAAAGCAACCGGAAGUGAGCAGCGAGGCGCGGAGCAAGUGUGCCGCCAUUAAUGGAUUUCUCCAGUGGGUAAACCAGCCAGUGGCCGAUCCCCGGAUUUUCCCUCUACAACAACGACAACAACUAGACACUGGUCCUGUCAGCAAGCCCCAACCAGAGGCCAAAAACCGGAACCACGAAGCGCGUAUUUAGGAGUCCUACCAGAGCCCAGUGCCCAGAGAAAAAGAGACAGAAAAUCGGAUAAAAUGAAUAAAUUUUAUGCGAUUUUUAUGCUAAUCAUUCUGAUCACCUUCACAGCCGGGCCAGGUCACUGCAUCAAGUGCUACAACUGCGAUUCAACCAGCAAUGAGGACUGCACCGAGCUCAAGAAAAAUUCCGGCAUCAUAGCAGAGACAUGCACUCCGAGCAAAAUGGCAUCGACGACCGGAAAUUGGGUGGCCGAUCUGACCCGUAUCGAAUACUUUGGUGGAACAGAAAUCACAGUGCCGAUGGUGUGCCAGAAGAUUGUCGCCAGUAACGAAAACGGCGACACAAUGACGUACCGGGGCUGCCAACUGGACGGCGGAAAAACGGACCCCUGCCAGAUCGCCUUCGGCAAGGCCAAACUGCAGCGGGGCGUCAACAUUGAGCACUGUUCGAUUUGCAAGGACGACGAAUGCAACGGGAGCCACCGGCUGCGGUUUUCCCCGGCCGUGAUGGGCGUGACCACCGGCCUCACGAUCCUGCUGACGGCCGCAACGACGACGGGCGCCGUAAACCGGAUCAAGGACCUACUGGUUUACUAGCAGGUGGUUCUCUAGUAGAUGCUUAGAAGACUUAGAAGGGCGAAACCUUGCGGAAUCGGUUUUUAUAUGACUAUGACAGUAAAACUAUGAAGAUAUUCCUAGCGUGUAGAUCAGGUUUAGGUAGUGCAGAACAGUUCGUAAGAAAAAAGUAUUGAUCAACAAAUGUAAAUAUUUAACAAAUGAAAUAGAAUGUAGGGAAUUGCUGAAAUCUUGGACUCUUUCUGUACGAUGCAGAAUGUCCGAUAACGUUAAACUAGAUGUCCUUAGAGUUUCAAAUAUGUUAACCAUUUGCUUUAACCACUCACUAAUUAAUAAGAAGAAGAAUAAACAAGUCUGUCCAUGCUAAAGAAUAAAGCAUUGACGAAGAAGAAUAAACCUAGAUUAAGGCAAAUCGUAAGUAUGCUGUCGCGAAUAUAUACAAUACAUAUGUAGACGUGAGUAUCCCAAUGAUGAUCAACAUUUUUCGGUAAAUUAUAAAUUCACGCAUAUGCCUUCGUCGUAAGCCCACUGCGGGAGAUUGUACAUUUGCGUAUUCAGUUGAUAAUGAAAGUGAAAUAAGUUCGGUACAUGUGUCAACACUGAUGCUAACAUGAGCAUGCACUCUUACAGAACUACAUGGAAAUAUGUAAUAAUAAAUACAUUAAUCGAUAAGGCAUUAUACUAGCUGUAAAAUGAACAAAUAAAUACAAAAAACUAUCUGAGUCAUGAAAAUAACUAAACCUUAAAACAAAAGCGAAGUCAAUAGGAGAUCGUCCUAGAAAAAAAAGCUAACAAUUGCUGACGCAUAUCUGUCAAACAAUUACUAACAAUUUAUAACAGAAGGAAAAAAUAACUUAAUCUGUAAUUAUUCUCUCAAAAGUCAACUCGAAAAAACCUUAGUUUCUGCCUUUAUCAAAUAUAAUCUUUGUUCAAAUUUUUCCAAUAGUCACAAUCAACAUUAAAUAGUUACUGCAAUAAUACCGGAAUUGAACCUCAAUUCCUAGAGAUUUCAAAUUUUCUAAUCUCAAGCAUUCAAUAAAAAAAAAAUUAAAAAAAAAA